CUACCACGCAUGCGCGCAGUCGAAUUUUGCGGCGGGGAAUCGAGACGACAACAACAAACUUUUUUCCCGCUGCAGGUGGAGAGUCCCACAGAGGAGUAACAUUUGAAACAGAUAACCUGAGGAUGGUUGAAGGUCCAGGAUGUACUCUGAACGGAGAGAAGAUCCGAGCUAAAGUCCAGAAAGGACAGAAGGUGAAAGAGCUGAGGGGCAGCUUGAUCACGUCCGCGAAAAAAGAGGGGUCUGCCCUCCAGCGCUUUAAUGGUCAGUACACCGGGGUGGAAACUCUGGGCAAGGAGCUCUUCAUGUACUUUGGUCCAAGAGCUCUGAGAGUCCACUUUGGUAUGAAUGGAUCAAUGCGUAUAAACCCCGCAGCGAGGAAGGAUAGGACCGGCUCCGCACCAGUGCUGGAAAUACACCUGACUAACGACACCGUGUGCUUCUUUGACAGCACUGUGGAAAUAAGGUUAACGGAGGACUGCGAGCAAAGGGUGAAGGCUAUGGAGUGUCUGGACGUCUGCUCGCCCAAGUUCAGCUUCUCGCGCUCCGAGGAGGCGGUGCGGCGCCAGAGAGGCAGGAUGCUGUGCGACGUUCUCCUGGAUCAGGCCGUCAUGCCGGGAGUCGGCAACAUCAUUAAAAACGAAGCCCUGUUUGACUCGGGCCUCCAUCCGGCCGUGAAGGUUCAGCAGCUGAGAGAGGAGCAGAUUCAUCACUUGGUGAAGAUGACGCGUGAUUUCACUCUCCUGUUUUACAAGUGUCGGAGAUCUGGCUCGGCGCUCUACAAACAUUACAAAGUCUACAAGCGUCCCCAGUGUGGCCAGUGCUCUGAUGUCAUCACAGUCUGUCGUCUUGGAGACAACGGGAGGAUGACUUACUUCUGCGAGCGCUGUCAGAAGGCUGAUCCCAGCGGGGUUGAAAUCAGUAAGCUUCCAGUCAGAAACAGCCUGAUUGGCUGGGCCUACAGUGACAGGACCAAUGACAGCGUGGCGAAGAAGGAGGAAGAGGACUGGGCCUGUCAGCUCUGCACGCUGAUCAACCAGCCGGCGUCUAAAGCCUGUGAUGCCUGCCUCACUCCCAGACCUGAGGCCCGCAAAGACGACAUUAGCGCUGAAGCAUCACCCUUCACCGCUGAUUUGAUUAAAUACCCCUGCAUCGCCUUCACCAAGCCGCGAGAGGAGCUCAAAGUCAACUGGAGGUCCGCGCUGGGGACCACCACCCUCGUUUUCUCCGACGUGAGCAAGAAGCCUGCGAGCUCCCCUCUGUCCCCGGCCACCGGCAGUCAUUUGAAUUCCUUGGCGACAGAGCGAGGUUUAUAUAAAUACAACUGCCAGGGGACAACGAACCCCAAUUACGCCUCUGGUGGCUGGCAGAAGCAAAGUGCCGAGCGCUCCAGUAGGGAAUCGCUGGCCUCCUACAGUCACCCAUCCAAGAAAAUGAGAAUUGAUCACGGCCCCUUUCCCAGUAACAAUGCUCAAAAUGGAACCCCCAGCUCACGUACAAGCAGAACAGAAGCGACAGGCCGCGACUCGUCCGUCUCUCGCAGUCCCGGCGCUCCUUGUUGUGCAUCCCAUCGGCGGCCGGCUGUCCUCAGGACGGUCCACAAGGACGGGGACAACAAGGGCCGGACGUUCUACUCCUGCUCGCUUCCCAGGGAGACCAAGUGCGACUUUUUCGAGUGGGCUGACACGCACUGUCCCUUUUGUCACCAUGGGAAACGCUGUUUAAUGAGGACCGUUCUGAAACUAGGACCCAACAACGGCCGGAAUUUCUACACCUGCAGCUUUCAAAAGGGUAAACAGUGCGACUUCUUCCAGUGGGUGGAGAACGGGCCGGGGAUAUCCAUCCUCCCUGGUUGUUAAUCUGGAACAUUUGUACACUAAUGGAGCUGACGGCUCGUCAUUACAUCACAGAGAACAUGUCAUCAACUGUUUACAUGUGGUCUCCUCUGUAAAAAUGUUUAAAAGAUUCUGAUGAAUAAAGAUUUUAAAGCA